GCCUCUAUUCUCGUGCUCCAGGGUAAGUGAACAGUAUCUCCAUUCUUAUUUCUUCUAUUAGACUAUUCAAGAUUUUGUCAAGAUGUACGUUCCUUUUUUUUUUCUUUCCUUUUUCCUGAAAUCCUUGUAAAAUUAUUAGAAAAUUAUUGUAAAAUUUUUAGUUACAAUUCGAAGAAAAUAUAAAGGAAAUGUUGAAGGUGAAGAAGGCAAUUUUUUGAAAGUAAAAGGAAACUUUACAGAGUUGUUUAAAAUUAAAAUUAACAAAGUAAAACCUUCGAAACUCGCAUUACCGUAAUGCUUUUCUUUUUAUAAGUAGAAUGAGAAGAUGAGUCAGUCUGUGCAAAGACGAAUACACGCGACAUUUACGAAAAAUGACCAUACCGUAUAAUGUUUGCUGGGCCAUCCCCACCAGCAACCUACACCCCCGUAUCACCGAUGGUGUCGCGGCCGCUCGAGGUGAAUUCCCGUACCAAGUUUCCAUCCAAUAUGGAACGCCACCCCUAGUUAAAUUCAGCCACGCGUGCGGUGGUUCCAUCCUGAACGAAAGGACCAUCUUAACCGCUGGCCACUGUAUCCUGAGUAAUAGAAAAGUCAGAGUCGUCGUUGGCAAAUACCAAUUGAACGCGGAAGAAUCCACUCAACAAAUAGCGGAAGUUGCCAGAAGCGUCGUUCACAGCGGAUACAAAGGCGGUGUCGCGCAACACGACAUCGCUCUGAUGUUCCUGAGCCAGCCCUUGAAACUGAACAACGCGGUCCAACCCAUCAGCCUGCCUACGCAAGGGCAAAAGCAAACUGGCCAAGCUGUUCUUUCCGGAUGGGGAUCAACUUCCAAGUCCAUUCUUCCUAGUAUGCCGAACGUUCUUCAAAAGGCUGUCGUACCCAUUCUCGAUAACGCCGAAUGUUACAAAGAGCUCACGUCUCAACCUAUCUCUGGACAGAAACCUGAAUUGUUCGAUACCCAGGUCUGCUCUGGAAUCGCUGGCAAGGAAGUGUCUGCUUGCUCUGGUGACUCUGGUGGCCCACUCGCCCAAAAUGUUGGUGGAAAACAUGUACAAGUUGGUAUCGUUUCAUGGGGUAUGAUGCCAUGUGGAUCUAGCCACAUGCCUUCCGUGUACACGCCGAAACCCUAUCGCGGCUAUGUGGUGCCAAUGUUCGACAGCCGCAUAGUCGGAGGAAACGAAUCUCUCCCAGGACAAUUUCCGUGGCAAGUCUCCUUGCAAUGGGGCUUUUCUCUGUUUGGCUACUCUCACUUCUGCGGCGGAGCUAUUCUUAACACCGUAUGGGUAGUGACGGCCGGGCACUGUGUUCUAGCUGUUCCAAAUUACGGUGAUUUCAUCGUAAAAGCUGGAAAGCACAACUUGAAGGUGACAGAAAGUAGCGAGCAAACUGUUCGCGUCGCAAAGUCCAUUAUACACGAGAAAUAUGUCGGCGAUGUAGCUCCGUAUGAUAUCGCGUUGCUGAAGCUUGAGAAACCUCUGAAACUGAGCAACGUGAUCAAAGCGAUUAAUCUCCCGAAGUCGGCGAUAACAAAAAACAAGGCAGUAACCCUGACUGGUUGGGGAUCAACAUCGAAAACCAAUACUCCAAUUAUGCCGGACAGGCUUCAAGUUGCCGAGUUGCCGAUCGUCGAUUACCGGACUUGCAAACAGGCCAUAGAGAACCUUACUGGUCCAUCACCUUUGGAAGAAACGAACAUUUGCACCGGGCCUCUCACCGGUGGCUACUCAGCGUGUAGUGGUGAUUCUGGAGGUCCGCUGGUCGCGGACGCGUUGUCCACGCAGCCUGAACUCGUUGGGAUCGUUUCCUGGGGGAUUAUUCCUUGUGGAACCGUGGGUGCACCAUCGGUAUACACCAGCGUGUAUUCCUUCGUCAGUUGGAUUCAAAACACCAUAGCUAAGAACUAGUGAAUAAAUGUGGCAAAAAGUUAUGCAUGAAUGUACAAAAGUAUGAAAAGAAAAAGUAAAAUGUAAAUGCUUAAUGUAAGUCACGUAUAAAUGUAUAAAGAGAACAAAUAAAUAAUUCGAAUUUGACAGUUUCCUUCGAGACACCGUGCCACGACGUAUCAGUUAGAAUAUAAUAAGUAAAUUCGUAAAUGCGUAAAAUGUAAGCGAGGAAAACAGUAACAUCUUUCUUAAGAGAGUCGCUAUCUCGUCUCGCGUCGCGAGACCAAAACUCCCAUAAACGAAAUACCAGCCAAGACCUCAACUUUAUCGACGCACGCCAUAAGAAGUGCCCACGGUGAAAAUGAAACUAGUUCUCUAAGCUGGAUAUAGAAGGAACGAUUCCGGUUCCUCUUCCAAUGUGAUGUUGUUCUUCCGCGAUCGCGGAAUUCUUGAAACUCACCAUUCGAUCUCGAUUCCUCGAGGAGGGCACAAUCGCGUGGAAGAGAUGACAGUUCAUCACAUUCUCAGAAGAUUGUUAAUAAUUCUUCACGUUAACCUCGCGCUGUCCGUUGAAAUGGACGAGAUGAUCUCGAGCGUGGCGAUGCUGGCGCAGAGGCCGACGAGGAUCGUCGGGGGGAAAGACGCGGAGAAAGGGUUGCAUCCCUGGCAAGUCUCGGUGCACUGGGGCGAUCCACAACGAAAAAUCCCAUCGAGACACAUCUGCGGCGGUAGUUUAGUAACAGCUGGAUGGGUUUUGACCGCCGGCCACUGCAAAACUCUCGCACCGCCGGUCGGAGAGUUUCACGUUUUCGCCGGCAAGUACAAAUUGGACGUUCUCGAAGAAACGGAGCAAAGCAGGCUGGUGAACAGAGUGUUCGUCCAUCCGCGCUACGACGGGAGAGUGGGACCGUACGACAUCGCAUUGAUGGAAGUGGAGCGGCCAUUUCAGUUAAAUCCUUUUGUCUCUACCGUCUCGCUGCCGUAUCCGAACACCAUCCCCGACGGAGAAGCAAUGUUAACUGGCUGGGGAAGCAUCGGCAGAACUCGCGCCCACGAGAAACCGGAGAAUCUUCAGGCAGCCGUGCUGCCGAUCAUCGACUACGACGUGUGCAAGAGAGCGAUAGCGAGGUCAUUGAAACCGAAGGGGAAAAAUCCUCUGCACCCGACGAAUAUCUGCACGGGACCUUUGAACGGCAGUUUGUCCGCUUGCAAAGGCGAUUCCGGGGGGCCGCUAGUGACGAGGAACGGCUUCGGCGAGGCGGAAGUAGUGGGGAUCGUUUCGUGGGGUUUGUUCCCCUGCGGCGGGAAGAACGCGCCUUCCGUCUACACCAGAGUGUCCGCCUUCAUCACGUGGAUCGCCAUAAUCAUGUUGAAUCAUUUUUAAACGACUCCGUACGAGGGAAAAUGAUUGUUAACGUUUGUUUUAUUCAAUAAAUAAUCGUUC